CGCGUCCCGGUGACUCAGCCCUUGCCAGGAAGGGGGAGUCCGCCCCAUCUCCAGGGCUCCCAGACAGCAGCCGGAUCGGAUCGGGGCUGGCUCCCGGGCGCCAGGCUAAGCCCCCGCAGCAGGCAGCCCGGCCCCGGGAGCUGGACCCCUCCUCCCGGCCCGGGCCCCCUCUUCGGGCUGCAGCCACCAGGGCUCCUCGCGGGACGCGGGCCCGGGUGGCGAGAGCGCGGCGGGCGCCGCGGGGCCCCGGCGAUCUUGGCCCAGACGGCGCCGCGAGGACCUCCGAGCGCCGUCCCGGGCCGAUGUCCCAGGUGAGUGGCCAGCACUCCCCUCAUUGCGACGCUCCCCAUGAAGCCCCCAGCGCAGCCCCCGGCCCAGCCCAGACCCCAUCGCCCCUGCCUGGGCUGGAGGCAGGAACAGGACCCACUCACCCUGUGGAGGCAGUGCUAGAAGAGGGCUCCCUGGAGGAGGAGGCACCCCCCAUGCCUCAAGGCAAUGGCCCUGGGGCCCCCCAGGCCCUGGACAGCACUGACCUCGAUGUCCCCACAGAAGCUGUGACACGAGCUGUGGGCCUUGGACAAGUUACUGUACCUCUCUGGGACUCCGUUUCCUCGUCCGUAAGGGAGGAUACAGCCCAGGGGCAAUACCCAGAGGAUCCAGCAAGCCAGCCUCAGGGGAACCCCUUGGGCUGCACCCCACUACUGGCGAAUGGCUCCGGCCACCCCUUGGAGCUGGGCGGCGCCAGGCGGGCGGGGAAUGGUGCCCUGGGUGGCCCCAAGGCCCACCGGAAGCUGCAGGCUCACCCAUCUCUCGCCAGCCAGGGCAGCAAGAAGAGCAAGGGCAGCACCAAAUCCGCUGCCUCCCAGAUCCCUCUCCAGGCACAGGAAGACUGCUGCGUGCACUGCAUCCUGUCCUGCCUGUUCUGCGAGUUCCUGACGCUGUGCAACAUCGUCCUGGACUGCGCCACGUGCGGCUCCUGCAGCUCCGAGGACUCGUGCCUCUGCUGCUGCUGCUGCGGCUCCGGCGAGUGCGCCGACUGCGACCUGCCCUGCGACCUGGACUGCGGCAUCCUGGACGCCUGCUGCGAGUCGGCCGACUGCCUGGAGAUCUGCAUGGAGUGCUGCGGGCUCUGCUUCUCCUCCUGACCGCCCCCCGCAGGCUCCGGGCGGCCCGGGCCGUCGCUCCCCGCUGAUCGGCCCCCUCCCGUCCUCCCUCCCCCCCCCCCCCGCCCGUGACCGCCCAGAACCCCAGCGCAGUGAGGGGGGCGCUCCGGGGACCACCUCCGUCCGGGAGCUGGGCCCGGGGCGCAGAGCCCGUCCUCCCGGCCCGGGACCUGGCGGCGGGGGGUUAGGGUGGGGUCCUCUCGGGGACGGUGGCGCGGAACACUGUGAACGCCGGGGGAGGGCAGGGGCGUGGGAGGCGGGCUGUGAGCUCCUCUACCUCUCCCUGCCCCGGCGCCCGCCUCCCGCUGCGCCCAGGCUGAGAGCGCAGCAAAAUGUGAAAAGAGGCGCCCACCCCGCCCUCAGCCAGCCCCUCCCUGCUCCUCUUUCCUGGGCUUUGGGGGUGGGGGUGGGGUGACCCAUACAGUGACCCCAGCGCGCAGAGCUGGGCUCGGACCUGGGCGGGGUGGGAGGGGGAAGGGUAUAGAAACGACUGGAAGGGGAGAGAGGGGAUGGAGGGAGGGUCUGUUCUAUUUGUCGCUGUAAAUAAAGGUAUUUGUCAUCUCCGA